AUGGGGAAUGCAUGCGUCUCCUGCCUAACAGGUAUAUUUGCCUCGAUCGACAGAUGGUGCCAUAUUUCUGAUCUGCUGGCGCCCAUCAAAGGUCGAUCGAGAGAUGGAUUGUACGAACCGGUUCUGGCCGAUAACGAGCGCGAGGCUGUUGCGGAUCUGUUGCAGUAUCUAGAGAACCGAAAUGAAACCGACUUCUUUUUCGGGGAACCGCUACAGGCGCUUAGUACGCUGGUGUAUUCAGACAACAUUGACCUACAGCGGAGCGCAAGUCUGACGUUUGCGGAAAUCACAGAACGAGAUGUUCGCGAAGUCGACCGGAACACACUCGGACCCAUACUCUUCCUCCUCCAGAGCCCCGAUAUUGAAGUGCAGAGAGCCGCUAGUGCGGCCCUGGGAAAUCUAGCUGUGAAUACCACCCACGAAGAGAACAAGUCAAAGAUAGCGAAAUCAGGAGCCCUGGGGCCGUUGACGAAACUGGCCAAAUCCAAAGAUAUGCGAGUGCAACGCAACGCCACUGGUGCUCUGCUAAAUAUGACACACUCAGACGAGAACCGACAACAACUUGUGAUUGCUGGCGCCAUCCCCGUCAUGGUCCAGCUACUUUCCUCUCCAGAUGUUGAUGUCCAAUACUACUGCACCACUGCGCUGAGCAAUAUUGCAGUGGAUUCCGCAAACCGCAAAAGGCUGGCACAAACUGAACCGCGUCUGGUCCAGUCUCUCGUUCAGCUGAUGGAUUCAUCGACGCCAAAAGUACAAGGCCAAGCCGCCCUUGCACUCCGGAAUCUAGCCUCCGAUGAAAAGUAUCAGUUGGAGAUAGUGCGUGCCAGAGGGCUUCCGCCGUUGUUACGGCUAUUGCAGUCAUCCUACCUUCCGUUAAUUCUCUCCGCCGUCGCCUGCAUCCGAAAUAUUUCCAUUCAUCCCCAUAACGAAUCGCCAAUUAUAGAGGCUGGUUUCCUCAAGCCGCUCGUGGAGCUUCUAGGUUCGAUAUCUGAUAGUGAAGAAAUCCAAUGCCACGCUAUAUCAACCCUUCGGAAUCUCGCGGCUAGUUCUGAUAGAAAUAAGGAGCUUGUGCUGCAAGCUGGAGCAGUUCAGAAAUGCAAAGAACUUGUCAUGCAGGUCCCUUUGAGCGUGCAAUCAGAGAUGACGGCUGCAAUCGCCGUUUUGGCUUUAAGUGAUGACCUGAAGCCGCAUUUGUUGCAACUUGGUGUGUUUGAUGUUUUAAUACCGCUCACGGCUUCGGAGAGCAUUGAAGUGCAAGGAAACAGCGCUGCUGCUUUGGGAAAUCUUUCAUCCAAAAUUGGAGAUUAUUCCAUAUUCGUACGCGACUGGACAGAGCCUAGUGGCGGUAUUCACGGAUAUCUGGAUAAUUUCCUAGAUAGCGGUGAUCCCACCUUCCAACAUAUUGCCGUCUGGACACUACUACAGCUACUCGAGUCUGGGGAUAACCGUUUAAUCAACCUCAUCCAAAAGUCGGAUAAGAUUACUCGCCUUGUCAAAGAAAUUUCCGAAAAGUCGAUUGAAGCUGAGGAGGGCGAGGAGGACGGCGAGGGCGAGCUUAUUACUCUAGCCCAGCGAUCACUCGAACUCCUUGACCAAUUUUCAAAACAGAACCUUAUUGAGGCAUAA